AUGGCGACGGUUUCGUUUACAGUGAACGACAUACAGUGCACCGUGGGUUCAGAAGUAAGUUCGAGCACUUCGCUUCUGAAUUACAUCCGAAAUACUCUAGAGCUCCACGGAACGAAGUACAUGUGUCUGGAAGGAGGUUGCGGGGCCUGCAUCGUCAGCGUCCUUCGGCCGGAUGGGUGUACGCACUCUGUCAAUUCGUGUUUGAUUUCGGUGACAUCCUGCGACAAGUGGCAAAUCACCACAAUAGAAGGUAUCGGCAACAAACAACAGGGUUACCAUAUUUUACAAAAAACUCUCGCGGACAAUGAUGGAACACAAUGCGGAUACUGCAGUCCCGGCUGGGUCAUGGCUAUGUAUGGACUUUUAAAAACGAAAAAAAUGACGAUGCUGGAAAUAGAAAAAUCAUUAGCGAGCAACAUGUGUCGAUGCACUGGCUACAGACCGAUCUUAAAAGCGUUCAAACAGUUCGCUAUCGAUGCCCCUCCCGCUGCAAAACUCAGCAUUGACAUCGAAGACCUCGCUACGUGUAAGGAUAAACGAUGUUCCAGGACCAGUUGUGAUGAGUACGACUGGUGCUUUUUACCCAAAACUGUCGAUGAAGACAGGAUUUAUAUACAAUUGAAAGAUGAUAAGGAAUGGUUCAAAGUACAGACAACAGCGGAAGUCUUUAGCAUACUGCAAGCUAAGGGUGAUGAUUCAUAUAUGUUGGUCGCUGGAAAUACAGGAAAAGGCGUCAUCCCAAUAGUUGACUAUCCUAGAAUAUUGAUAGACAUCAGUGAGGUGUCAGAGCUGAAAGGUUAUUACUUCGACCAGAACUUGGUGAUUGGAGCAGGUUCCACUCUGACUGAACUGAUGAACAUUUUUCAAUAUGUGUCCCAGACGCGAGAAGACUUUAGCUAUCUUUCAGUUCUCAAUGACCAUCUAAAGCUUGUGGCACACAUACCCGUUCGUAAUCUGGGAACGGUCGCUGGUAACUUAAUGUUAAAGCACCAAGACCCAGAAUUCACUUCUGACGUAUUUCUGAUCCUAGAAACUGUGGGAGCGGAUAUAACAAUAGUGCAAUCGUACGGCGCCAAUAAAGUAAUGUCCCUUCCUCAGUUUCUACAAGAAGACAUGACUUCCAAAAUUGUUUACAAUGUGAUAUUACCGCCACUCGGCUUAGAUAACCGUGUCGUCACUUAUAAGGUCAUGAAAAGGUCUCAAAACGCAGUUGCGAUCGUAAACGCAGGUUUUGUAUACAAAAUCGAUCCAAGUUAUCGAGUAAUAUCUGCCCGAAUCGUCUUCUCGGGCCUCCAGCCUGGAUACACGAGAGGAUAUAAAAGUGAGGCCCACUUGAUCGGCAAAAAUUUGUUCAGCAAUGAUACUUUACAAGCAGCUGUCCAGAUAUUAGUCACAGAGAUUGUGGUUACAAAAACCCCUGUGGAAGGAUCCGUGGAUUAUAGGAGAAAACUCGCUAUUGGGCUCUUUUAUAAAGGCCUAUUGUCGCUUUGUCCAUCCAACAUCCUGAAGUCCAGAUAUCGUUCAGGGGCUAUAAAAUUACACGAAUCACGAGGUGUUUCAAGUGGAAAACAAAUUUAUACAACAGACAGCUCUCUUUAUCCUGUGAACCAACCUAUACAUAAGGUUGAAGGCCUGAUACAAUGCGCUGGUGAAGCACCCUACUCAGACGAUGUGCCCAAAAUCCCUCGGCAAGUGUACGCUGCCUUUGUGCUAAGUACGGUCGGAAUAGGAGAAAUCGAACACAUUGAUGACACUAAAGCAUUGGCCGUAAAAGGCGUCAUAGCAUUUUAUACAGCGAAAGAUAUUCCCGGAGCUAAUACAUUUACGAGUGGCGCUAGCGGUAACACCAACGACGAAGAGCUGCUAUGUGAUGGUAAAGUGAAAUUUUUCAAUCAACCUAUAGGCAUAAUUGUCGCCGAAGAUGACCACAUAGCUCAGAUGGCAUCGAGCUUAGUGUGCGUGACAUACAGAAACACCAGGAAACCUGUUAUUGAUGUCAAGGAGGCGAAACAUCUCAAAGAUAAAACGUAUCUCGUUAAAAUCAUAAAUGGUAGUAACCAAGGAGAAGACGUCGUAAGCGUGAUAAGGGGCAAUAAUACUGAAUACGGCCAGUACCACUUCUGUUACGAGAAUAUAGUCUGCGUCUCGUGGCCGACUGAGGACGGAAUAGCUGCCCGAGCUGCUACUCAAAGCACCGACUCGGAUCAAAUUACAUCUUCGCGCUGCUUAAAUAUCGACCAAAACAGAAUCGAUGUAGAAAACCGCCGUAGCGGGGGUGCAUUCGGUUUGAAAAUAACACGGAGUCUCCAGGUUUCCGCUGCGUGCAAUUUGGUCACCUACAAAUUGAACCGCCCCUGUCGCUUUAUCUUGCCUCUCAGAACGACAAUGAGAAGUGUUGGCAAAAGAUUUUCGGCAUCUAUCGACUAUGAAGUUGGCGUCAAUAAAAAAGGAGACAUUCAAUACAUAAAUUACACCGUGUACAGCGACAACGGCUACAUAGUCAACGAGCGAAUUGUCGAGCACACCUACGACGUCUACUUCAACUGCUACAAACAGCAUUUAUUCAACUUUAAGGCCUACGACACAAUAACGGAUAAAGCUUCCAACUCAUUUUGUCGAUCUCCAGGUUCUCUAGAAGCUAUUUCAACCACCGAAUUUAUAUUGGAAAGAAUAGCGUACGAACUAAAUUUGGACCCGCUGGAAGUUCGUCUGGCGAAUUUAGAUGGGAAAUAUCGACAAGUGUUAACAGACAUGGUCGACAAACUUAAAAAAGAUGCAGACUAUCUGAAUAGAAAGAGUCAAGUGAGCCAUUAUAAUAGCGAAAAUCGUUGGAAGAAACGAGGCAUUAGAUUCGCGAUGAUGAAAUGGAAUUCCAAGCCACCGUACUACUCGGACGUGACCGUGUCCGUGCUUCACGGCGACGGAACGGUCGUGAUAGCUUACGGCGGAGCAGAAAUAGGCCAGGGCAUAAACACAAAGAUGAUACAAGUUUGUGCCUAUUUUUUGAACAUUUCCGUUGAUAAAAUAAAGGUGAAAGGAAGCCAUACUACAAUAACACCUAACUCUGCGCCGACUGUCGGCAGUGCUACGUCACAGACCGCCGCUAUCGGAGUGCAGAGGGCGUGCGAGGAUUUACUCGUGAAAAUAGCACCUGUAAGGAGAGAUCUCGAUGAUCCUUCCUGGGAAGACCUAGUAGAGGCAGCGUAUGCGAGGGAAAUAGAUCUGCAGGGCCACGGCUUCGUCAAUACUUCUGACGUGCACAAUUUCGAUGUAUACGCAGUAGCGUUAGCCGAGGUGGAAGUCGACAUUCUAACGGGGGAGUGGAGUAUAAUCAGAGUAGACCUAUUAGAAGACGUCGGUAGAAGUAUUAAUCCGCUCAUAGAUAUCGGACAAAUAGAAGGUGCAUUUAUUAUGGGAGUAGGAUAUUUCACGAUGGAAGACUUGAUUUACGAUUAUUCAGGAGAACUAUUAACAGAACGGACGUGGACCUACAAAAUACUUCAAGCGCUCGAUAUUCCAAUCGACUUCAGAGUAUAUUUCAAACCAAAGCCCUAUAGGAGCGACAUCGUACUUGGAUCCAAAGCCGUCGGUGAGCCAGCAACUGUGAUGGGCGUCGUGGUGCCCUUUGCGAUGCGAGAAGCUAUCGCAUCAGCCAGGAGUGAUGCAGGCAAACCGACGACCGAGUGGUUCGAAAUAGAUGGCCCUCACACCGUCGAAAAGAUAUGCUUAACGUCGUGUACAGAUAUUAAAGAAUUUAAAUAUUACUAG